UCACGGGUAAGCUUACCUUUUGAAGGAAGUAGUCUCUCUGUACUCUGUAGUCGUGUUCAAGAUCGGUUUGUGGAAUUUAGUAGUUUAUGAUGCUAUUAUUUAAUGAGGCUGUUCAAUGACGCCAGUGUUAUUUUGCCAUCAGCUUGGUCACUACUGUAGAUAAGUUUCUCUUGCUUUUGUAUUACCAACGUGGAUUAAUGUCUAGGGUGUUGCGAGUAUUUGGAUGGUGCUGCGUUCUUGUGUAAGGGGAUCGUAUUGCAAGCAGUCGUUUUUGCGACUUUGAUGUGUGGUGUCGCAGUCUCAGGUGAGAGUAUUGUUCAGUAAGAGGUGAUCGAGCGUGUGUGUAAGUGAAGUAUUUAUCCGGUAAGUGUCCGUGGCGUAUUCUGUGAACCAUGUACGCGAACGACAACAUAAGAGCACUCCACUCUGCGGUAAGAGCGGGCAGUUUGCACGAUGUCAUGGAAAUUCUGGCGAAAGGCGCAGAUGUCGAAGCUGCAGACAUUUGCAAGGUACGAGCAGUUCAUAUUGCUGCGGAGCAAGGCCAUUUGAACAUUCUUAAAGCGCUUAUCGCACGGGGCUGCAAUGUAAAUGCACAGGCGUCUUGCGUUACGCCUUUGUUUAGCGACGUGGAGCAUGGUCUGACGCCGUUACAUUUAGCAGCAGCAAAUGCUGACCCAAACCUCGUACUCGCUUUGAUCAGUGCUGGCGCUAAUGUUAACGCCAAGAAUAGUUCCAAAGUGUUUCCACUGCACAUUGCCGCACAGCAUGGACAUUUGGCCGUGGUGAAGGCACUAGUUUCAGCGAAUGCAGAGGUAAAUGUCGAGGACGACAAAAAAGUCACCCCUUUAAUUUCUGCUGCGGCGCAGAACUUUGAAGACGUAGCCAAAUUUCUUGUACGUAGCGGUGCUGUUGUUAAUGCUAGAAAUUCAGACCGUUCGACACCAUUGCAUUUCGCAGCAGAAAAGGGAAACAUUGACAUAGCAAAGUUGCUGAUCCACAACAAGGCCGCGAUUAAUGCAAAGAAUCUGAAAGGCUUCACACCACUGCAUGUGGCCAUACAAAACAGACAAGCCACAGUAAGCGUGUUUUUGAUUAACAGUGGAGCAGAUGUGAAUAUGAGAGAUAACGAGGGCUGGACGCCUUUGCUUACCGUGGCACAGAGCGGAUAUCCAUCAGAAACUGCCCAACUGUUGAUUGCGAAAGGUGCUAGCUUGAAUGCGAGGGACAGGACUGGUAGAACACCCUUGUACCUCGCUGCAGAGAACGAUUUCACUGACUUAGUGAACAUCUUGAUCGAAAGCAAGGCUGACGUUAAUGCAACUACCGAUCAAAUGUGGACGUCGCUGCAUAGCGCAGCUUACGAGGGCAAUUUGGAUGUUAUAAAAAUUCUUAUUGCCAGUGGUGCCAAAGUGGAUGCGAGGACCUACAAGCGGACUACACCACUGCAUUUUGCUGCAGACUACUGGCACGUUGAAGUAGUUAAAUACCUCUUGGCAAAAGGAGCUGAAGUUAAUGCACCCGAUCACACAAACUGGACGCCACUUCACUUUGCGGUGGAUGAGAGUUCCACCCAAGUCCCUCUCAAAACGUCUGGACACUCAGGUGCACAGCCGCAGGACUCUAAACUGAAUACCAUAAAAGCUCUCAUUGAAAACGGAGCAGACAUAAACUCAAAGGGAAGCAACGAUGAAACAGCACUGCUCCUAGCUAUAAAGUAUAGUGAUUCAGCAACUGCUAGGUAUCUACUAGAGAACGGUGCGUAUUACGAUGUGACGAACAAGACUUACCGUGGUGACAUUAUUACUCUUCCACAGAUUGCUGUGCUAAAAAGAAAUGAGAACAUGAUUGCUUUAUUCUGUGCUACUGAAAAGCUGUUUCAAGCUGUAAAAAAAGCCAAGUUUGCAGAAAUUGAAAAAUGUGUUCAAGAAGGGGCACCAGUCAACAGUAGAAGUAUCAAGUAUGAAACACCACUUAUGUAUGCAUCCUGGAAAGGACAUUUAGCCCUUGUUAAAGUUUUGCUUCAAACUGGGGCCGAUAUUAAUUUGAGCACCAGUAAUGGAAUUACUCCUCUACAUUAUGCAGCAAAAUUUGGGCAUCAUGAUAUACUGUGUACCUUAUUGCAGCAUGGUGCAGUAUACAAUGCAAGAACCAAGAAAGGCAAAAAAACACCGUUACAUUUCGCCCAAGAAGGAGGAAAGAAAGAAGUUGCAGAGACCCUAGGACUAAUUGAGUGUAUGUUUAUUAGAAUAAGUAAAAAGGAUAACACAGUGCUAAAAGAGUUAAAUGAAUUAAAGGAAAUAAAAUAUGCUGAAUUUCUUGCCAUAAAAAACUGCAAAAAUGUAAAUGAAGAAACUGUGAUGCAAAUAGCUUCCAAAAAUGGAUAUGCAGAACUUUGUAAAUUGUUUUCUAGUUUGUAAUAUAGUAGAGUACUUGUUUAUUACUCAUUUAUAUCAGUGAAUGGUCUGACAAAAGCAGUAAACGUUACAUGAUGUGGUAUUGAUUUUCCAAGAUUUUGUAUACUAUCAAAGGAUAUUUUACUGUUGUAAACAGCAAAGUAGGAAUCGUCAACGGAUUCACAGAAAAUAAAAUUGCUUCCAGUGUAAUUACAAACUGUGUACAUUGAAGAUGUUUAAAUGGUUAUAUUUCACUUUAUUCUUGUGAUGGUUCAUUGAUAAAUAAUGAAGUUAAGGUUUGCACAUCUGUCACUGCUUACCAGAUUGCUUUGUGUGCCACAGUGUAUCAGUACCUGUACUCAUAUUUGAGCAAGUUGGGGUUAACUGGACCUAUUUUAUUCUUCCCUUCAAAUCUUACUUAAAAAUUGUCUUUUUUAAAAUUUUUAUUCAUGAAUUUGGUGAAAAACUUAUACAAAAUUUAUAGGUGCUUUCAUUUGUGCAUUAUCGCACACAGAUUUUACAGAAUUGGAGAAGAACUUUGACCUGUCUUUUGAACUGUUUAACCCCAGUGGCUGUGUUAACUGGACCAUAUGUCAGGGUUAAAUAGACCUCUUGGUUAAAUAAAUGAAUUACAGGAGCUUAAAUGCAAAAUGUUGCUCUGACAACAUUAAUAAAAAUGCUAUACACACAGUUAUAAGUAUAUUAAUGAAAAAAAUUGUGGAAAUAAAACUAGUGCUCAAUUAAUUUAGCACCAUUAAUCUGGAACCAAAUCUCGUUUUCAUAUUGACCUGUAGAACCACGUAUUGGAUUGGGUAGUUUUGCAAUUAUUUAAUUUCAAGCAAUAAAGGUAUCAUUUUCUUCUGCAAUUUCAAAUAUUGUAGUGGAAACAACUCUAUUAAAGAAAUUUACUUCACAGCCAUCAUUGUACAUUUUAAAGACUUGAGCAACAUAAUUGUGACCACUUCGGCAGUUUUUUGUUCUACUUUGCCUACUAUGAACUCCCCUUCUUCACUGUUAUGUCAUCUUCAUCAUCACUUGGGUAGAAGUCGGUAUGGGAGGAAUCAAUGUACUGGACAUAAUCAGCAACUUCAGAGUUGCUGCUGCUCUCUUCCAAUACUUGGCAUUUGGCUGAAUGCUUUACUUCAUUUAAUGUAUGUAUUUUGGAAGCUGCUCUGACCUGUCCUUUGCUGCUGCAUCUAACUGUUGUUUAACUAGUGUAUUGGUACAGACAGUUGACUUCCCAUUCUUUCUACCUCUUGUUGUUGUCCUUGAACCAAUCUUAGAAUAUGGUCAAACUAUCACAGGAUGUGUAAUAUCUGUUUGCUAAACUUGUCUGAUUUCCAGUAUUCUGCACACUGCCGUCUGCUGAUUUGCUAGCACUGUCUGUCAGUGAGUCAUUGGCUGUUUGUUGCUGACUUGGUAGAGGUCUGUUCAUUGCAUUCAAUGACAAAAAAAUCUUGGUCGGUAAAUAUGUUUGAAUUGGAAGGUGCAAUACCACUGAUAUUUUUCAAGAUGUUAGAGACAAUAAAAGCCAAAAGAUAUGCUAUGUCUGCAAGGCUGCAAUGCCUUAUAUGAUAAUUCCGGGUUCACUAGCAAGUGUUCCUAUGAAGUUACUCAUUAUAUUCAUUCAUCAGCAACUUUCCACAGUUAACUUAACUGUUCCAUCUAACACUAAACUUUACUGGUCCAGUUAAUCUCACCUUCACUUUAUCAAACAUCUUCAAAAUAGUGGGAAAAUAUGUCCUUGCACAGAUUAUAUUUCAUAGAGUAUCAUAAAACCAUUAACACUGAAUUUAACUCAAAGAAAAAAAUGUGUACUAUUGAUAAUAAAAAUUUUAGGAGAAUUUGUUAGAUGUGAGAAAAAAUUUCUAUCACUGGAUUACACAUUUUUAUAUAUAUCUGCGAAUUUAACUAACAUACAGCAGUUCAAAUAGGUAGUACUUCCAACCAAAGGAAAUAACUAUAUGUGACAUAAUUUUCCCUCUUGAAUUAUUAACGUGAUCUUCCUGUUAACUCCAAGGUUCAGAUAACCCCAACCUCUUGUAGCAUUUAUCACUAAGCAUUCUCUAAUGUGACAUAUUUCAUAAGCUCAGUGUCUAUAUUUAUGUGUAAAUUUUCAUAAUAUAUAUGUUUUUAGUAGGGGAAUGAUACUACCUUAUCUGUCAUACCUUUAUGUAUUUUAUGUUCUCUCUUCUCUCUCACUUCACUGUUAGAAGCAUGUAAAAAUAAUCAGUUAGUCAAAUAUUUCUUUGAAAUCUCACAAAGCGUAUGAUUUUCUGAACAGUGCAUGCGUUAUUCAUUCCGUUAACUGUGAAAAAGAUGUUUAUGAUGUUGACAUUUCAGAAUGUAUGAUGCUUCAUGUUUAAGAUGUAUUGCAAAAAAAUAAAAAUAGAUUCCCUGUAUUAAAAUAACAAUAUGAGAUCCUGAACAGAUAUAUACUGUAGCUGAUAUUUAUAAGUCAUAUGCAUUUUAUCAUUCUCAUUUUAAAAUACAGUAGUUCAGUAAAGUCUUUCAAUAAUUGCUGUAAAAUUUCUGUAACUUACCUGGUUUUAUGAUAUGUGGGGAAUAUGUUUCAAAUAGGCACAGUGUAGCCUUCAAACUAUGCUGAAGCUACUAACUUUUUGUAAAGUGCAGGGUGAUGGUUGUCACAUCAUAAAAGCAAAUAAAAAAUCAAAUGUUUUAAAUAAUAAAUAAGAAUUAAUGCUCUUUACAUACGAAAAAAAUUGGGACCUAAAAUGACUGGUAAUGCCAGUUCAUAGCAAAAUGAAUUUGUCUUUAAUGUACGCACACUGUGAUUCAUGUUUAUAAAAUCUAGUAACAGCCCCAUAGCAGUUUUUGUUGUAUUUGCAACAUCUGCAGCAUUUAUUACAAAAUAUGAAAGUAGCAAAUACUGUCCAAGUAAUUUGCUCACACAUCAAGGACGUGUACAUAAGUAAAUAAACAGCUCCUAGUCACAUUAAAUGUAGGUAAAGUGCUCAUAAGGACCCAGUCUGAAACUAUAAUUCAAUACAUGUAGGGAAGCAGUAAUGAUUAAAAGUGAAAUUGAAAAGAAAUGAUGGAUAUAAUGGGAACAUAAUCCAAGUAAUAGACAUAAUAGUACAGGGCAUGGUAGCCUUUAACAUUUUUAGUAGUGUCUUGUUAUGUUUAUUUAUUACCUUUCAGUUUCAUUCUCAGUAUGUUCAUCAAAGCAAAUGUGGUUUCAUGUAGUGUGGAAACAUAAAUGUCUACUUCUGCUGUGAAUCAUGGAGUCCUAUUCAGACACUGGUUGGUCUGUGUGUGACAGGGUUGAGUUUGGACUCUUGAUUGACAUUCUUGUCAUCACCCAACACAGUUGAACAGUCUUUUGAAGCUAUUAGGAGGUCAUUUAUACAGGGUUAGACCAGCACAGAAUCUUGUGGAUCUCCAUAUCUUACACUCUCCUAUUCUGAAAUGAGUUUUAUUCCUGUUGUGCUGUUUUGUCAAUGUGAUGUGCAUUUUGUUUUGCGUCAACUCACUAUAGAUGCAGAAUGGAUGUUGCCAUUAAAACUUGCAUAUUUUUGUUCAUCUCUUAGAAUUUUAUGGUUCAAACAAUCAGAGGACUUGGUGAAGUAAUGGGACAUACCCAUAGGGUAGUUUUUGCUGUUUAAGCCUGCUGGGAUUUCAUUUAUGGCUUUCUCUGUGGAUAAUCCACUAUGAAAGCCAAAUUGCAGAGAGCUCAACCAGGUUUGCUAUGAAUAAGCAUUAAUAAAACUGGAAUGAGUGAAACAGAAUUUCAGUUUGCUGAUUUCUGUUGUAUCUGUGUACAUAGCACAGCAUGCAGUAUUUUACACCAAAGUCUUGUUUGUGAUAUUUGUAUUGUGUGCUAGAUUGAAUCUGGUUCGGUUUAUUAGCAUGUGCAAUAUUUGCUGCUACUGUAAACAAAUAGUCAUUAAAUUUUGUGACCAAGGAUUACAGUAUGUCAUUUCCUUGGCUAUGUGGGAGUUUAUGUUCAUUUGUGUAGCUGCUUUUACUUUAGUUUUGGCUACCAAUGCUUCAGAUUGUUUUUCUUUAUUCUUGGAAUAUUUUAUUGCUUGUGCAUAAAACAGGGUUCUGCUUUUCAGAUAACAGACUGGAAAACUUUACAAUAUUUAUGGUAAUGGAGUUUUCACUACAGGUUUUCCUCUUUAUUAGGUUAAACUCAGGCAUAUGUACUGUAAAUUGAAAGUAUUAUCCAUCCUCUGUUUCAUUUUAGCCUCUUUUGCUUCAAGAAAAACAGGAUUCAUUAGACUAUAGGAAUGUGUUUUAAGGGAAAAUUAUUUCUCAUCUGAACUGUUUGCUUUACAAGUAUGCUUACAGUUCUCUUACAACUUUUCCUUAACUUCAUUACUGAGUUACUAGUCAAGGUUCUAGAGUCCAAUAUUUUACUUAUGUCAAAUUUUGUGUAUUCUGCCUGAGUAAAUUGAGUGAAAUGCUUUGAUAUUUCAAUGAGAGUGAUCCCAUUGUUUUCUGGAAUUGGCAAUUUCACGUAGCUGGAAACUUGAACUUUAAUUUAAUUCAACUUUAAAUGCAGCAGAGUGGAUGUACACCAUUUGAUACACUAUUACUCUGCAAAUAACUAUUUUUUUUUCUUUUCUGUUAAUCAAUUCCACUUAUACACUGAUCAACCAGAACAGUAUGACCACUAACCUACUAUCAAUAUAAAUCCGUCCUGGUGGUAGCAACAUCACCUGGUGGGGAAUGAUUCCUAGUCACAGACACACAUGAAGCAUGUAGUAUCAGUGUGUCCAGAAUGAGGAAGGCAUGCAAUCUACCUGAAUUUGACCAAGGACAGAUUGUGAUGACUUGGAGGCUUGGCAUGAGCAUUUCGGAAACUGCACCACUUGUUGGGUGUUGGAGUAGCGCUGCAAUGAGUGUCUUCAACAAAAGGCAAAAGCAAGGUGAAACAAUGUCCAGAAGUCAUGGAGAUGGGCGGCCACUCCUCAUUACGGACGUCAGAUGUUGUAAGCUGGACAGACUGGCAAAACAGAACAGGCAGCGAACUGUGGCAGAACUAACAUCAGACUUCAAUUCUGGGCAGAGCACAACUGUGUCUGAACACAUACUGCACCAAACACUGCUAAUGAUGAGCCCCCACAGCUGAUGAUCCAAGCAUGUGCCAGUGUUAACAUAAUGAUAUCGGCAAUUACAACUGAAAUGGGCACAUGACCAAUUGCACAAAUCCUGAUACCUUCUUCUUCAUGCCAGUAGGUGGGCAUGAGUCUAUCAUCUUCCAGGGGAACAGCUCCUUGACACCUGUACUGUGGGAUGGAGACAGGCAGACGGUGGCUCCACUAUGCUCUGGGGAACAUUCACAUGAGUUCAUACAAGGCACCAUGACAGCCAAGGAGUAUCAUACACUGGUUGCAAACCACGUACACUUCUUCAUGAUGUCAGAUGCGGUGCCAACUCCUUCCAGCGACCUACCAAGGCCUCAUUUCUGCCAUGACACAACACAAUGCAGCUGUUAUCCAUGCCAACUGUGGACAUACUGGCUUUUAGAUAGUUGGUCAUACUGUUCUGGCUGAUCAGUGAACUCUUGAUGUAUAUACCAUUGUACACUAAAUUGCCAAGUUAUUGUUCAUGCAGUAUUUUACAUAACCUUAAAUCCACUUUAUUCUGUAUAAUUUGCCUAUUCCAGUGAUACAUUUAGUUUUGCUUAAAACAUUGUGAAUUAUGAGAAAUUGUUCCAACCGAAUGUUGCAGUAAAAAUAGUCUAAGCUAAUAACUAUUUAUUUACAAAAUGAUUGAACUCAUUAGAAACCCCUAAUUUCACACUUUUCAGUAACUAAUGUAUUUUCUCUGAAAACUCAUUAACUAGGAAAAUACUUGUAGCUAAAAGUUUUACCAUACCCAAAAAUUCUUUUGUUAUUUGCGACCUUAAGCUGAUUUCCCAGGUUUGUUGCAAUACUUUUGUUACCCUAAUUUUCCUGAAUCAGAUGAUGCAUUUGUUUACCUAAAUAAGCCACUAAUUGAAUGUGUCAUUGCAGAAAGGUACAUAAAUCACUUGAAGCAAAUGUUGAAGAACAACAGAAAACUGUCCAUCUCAAUAACUAAGGAAUAUACAAUCACAGAAAAAAUGCUAGUUAAUUUUCUCAUAAAAUGAAAUAGAUGUUCUAUAUACAAGUGCUUGAUAAUGACAUAAUAUAGUCUACAAAAAUAAACAAAACAGGUGACUUACGCACCUUUCUGCAUUGAAAGUAUUAGAUGCCAUUCCAAAAUUAAAUUAUUGUCAUAGAUUAACUUUAUUACCUGAAGAACAUUGUUAUUAUCCACAUACA